AUGACAUCUCGUGAAGUUGCAAGUGAGGGAACUGGCAGCCAGACGUCCAUUGAAACCAAGUCCAAUACCUUUUUCUGGUGGACUCGUCCUGGAACUUCCCAAGAAGAGGUCAAACUCGUUCGAAAAUUAGAUCUUUGCCUUCUUACGUACUGUUGUUUAUCGUUUUUCUGCAAAGAUCUCGAUCGCAAUAAUGUUUCCAAUGCAUAUAUGUCGGGAAUGAAAGAGGAUCUCGGCCUCCAUGGGAAUGAGCUCAACUGGUUCACUACUUACUAUCAGAUUGGCUACAUCAUAGGUCAAAUUCCUAGUAAUAUCUUACUUACAAAAAUUAGCCCAAGGUAUUAUCUACCGGGAGCUGAAUUUAUCUGGAGUUUGCUGGUAUUAUUCUUGUACAAGGUCAAAAGUGCGGAACAGAUUUAUGUAAUGAGGUUUUUCAUUGGGAUGGUGGAAGCUACCUGCUGGCCCGGACUGCAUUUUAUGGUUGGAUCGUGGUAUCGUAAUCAUGAAAUCAAUAAGCGCACUGGUAUCUUUACAGCGUCGGGAAUUGCAGCUACUAUGUUUUCUGGGUAUAUCCGGUCGGGAAUCUACACGAGCAUGAACGGUGCUUUAGGACUGGCGGGAUGGAGAUGGCUGUUCAUUACAGACUUCGUCAUUUCAUUGCCCCUUCUAGUCUUCGGAGUGGUCUUCAUACCCAAUCCAAUCACUUCAAAGGCCAAAUCUUGGUGGAUGACAUAUCGAGAGAAGGAACUAGCAAUAGAAAGGUUAGCGACAGACAAACGAGCACCACUCGGAAAGCUAGAUCUUACAAUCUUCAAACGAGUUUUGGGCAGAUGGAGAUUUUGGAUCAUGGCCAUCCUCGUUGCCUGGUUCGUUCCUACCGGUGCCAAAUACUUUGCCUUCUGGAUCGCCGGCACCAUCCAAGCCACGAUUCCCAUCGUCGUAUCCUGGACUCACGAAGUCUGUUCUCGAGAUGCGGAGAGGGCUAUCGUAGUGGCUAGUUUGAAUAGUAUUGGGGUUGCGCAGGGAACGUGGUGGAAUCAAGUCUUUGUGAAGACGACGAGUGCGCCGAGAUUUAAGUUGGGAUAUAGGGCUGGACUUGCGGUGGCGAUUGUGAUGACGGCUUGGCUUCCGGUGGUGGAAUUCUUUGAUAGAAGGCAGAAGAAUAAGGAGGCGUUGGAAGAGGUGGUUGGGGAUGUGAAUGGGAAUGAUGGAAGUAGUCAGGGGAGCUUAAAUCAUGUGGAGAAGGGAUGUGUGAGGACGACUGGAGUGGAGAUGUGA